UCCAUUGAAUCUGCAGCUGCGUCCGACGGGCCCCUUCGCUCAGCAGUUCCGCUCAGCGGAGACACUGCCUGGGGCUGGGUCCUCGGCCGCUUCGUCUGCCUCUCCCGCCUCCGUCCGCUCGAGUUCUCUCGCCUCUGCCUCAAGUGUAAGAAGGGAAAGUUGGGCGACACUGAGCAGUUUCUCCCGGACAGAGGUCCAGUCCCGCUAGGAUGAGAGACAGGUGCCCUCUCGCGCAGCCCCGGCCCGGCCACAGGAAGCACGUUCUGCCUCCCGGCCCGCGGGUUCCUUCAGAAGCCACUCGGCGCCUGACCUGGGACUCCCCCCGGCUCGGGGCCGCGAUGGGACCCACGGCCGCCACCAAGUUCACGGGGCGCUUGCCGCUCCUGUUGCUGCUGCUGCUGCUGCUGCUGCUGCUGCGCGGGAUCGCAGCGGCGCCCUCGGGGUUGGGCGUGGGCGCGACGCUCGGCGGAGAUGCUCUGUCGCUUUCCUACCAUUCCUUCAUCACAUCUCAGGCCAGGCCUGGACAACCAUGGUGUGAGGUUCAAGGCCAGAUCAAUGGCAAAACAUUUUUUUCCUAUGACUGUCAGACCAAGGAGUUCAAACCCAUUGGUCCUCGGGGGAUGAAGCUGAAGGACAGAGUAUUUUGGCAGAAACAGGAGGAAACUGUGGAACUCCUGGUGGAAGAGCUCAGAAAGAAACUGCUGGACAUCAAUGCAGAGAAUUUCACUAAGAGCCGGACAGGUUCUCUCACCAUGCAGGGCAGGCUCAUGUGUGAGCGUGGGGCCGAUGGACACACCAGAGCAUCCUGGCAGUUUUGCUUCAAUGAGCCGAUAACCUACCUCUUUGACCCGAAGAACAGAAAGUGGACAGUGGAUCCUUCUGGAGGCCAACAGGUUAAGGACAUGUUGGAUGAUGACAGAGAGCUGACCAUGCUGCUCGUGAGGACCUCAAACGGAGACUGUCAGAGCUGGCUCCAGCAAGUGUGGGAGCACCGGGAUGAAACGCAGGAGACCACAGUGCCACCAACCAUGCGACAAGACACGGCCCCGGGCAGGGCCAGCGCCAUCAGACCCGGCACCUGGAUCUUCCCCCUGCUCAUCAGCUGUGUGGUCAUACUUGGCAUCCGCGUUGGAGACCAUUAGAUGGACAGGCUGCCAAGGCCACCAAGAAACCCCUGAGAGUGGCACCAGCUCAGCGACUCUGCCUCUGGGCCAGGUGCCUUUGGAUGAGCUGCUGUUCAUCAUUAGACGACCACCAGCAUUUUCAAGUUUACAGAUCCAGAGACCUCAGUCCAACCACGGGGUGCAGGACCACGAACCUCUCAUACCCCUUCUUGCAUUUGGUGGCUCUCCUGUUGAGCACUUUCCACCGGCAUAUUUUAUGCCAUUUUCUGUCGGUGCUAAGUGAUGGAACUCUUGCACUGAAAUGUUUAAGUACUUGACCGGGGACUCUCAAUGAAGAGAACGUUCUCCAUCUUGUCCUUUGCUUGUGCAAUAUUGGAUUUUUCUCUGUAAGAUAACCAUGUCCUUGCGGACAAUAUCACCAAGAAGAUAUUGUUUGAAGUUAUGGAAACUCAGGGAUUUUUUUCUAUGUACUGAGAAGGAAGCUCAUGGACUUUUAAAUAGAAUGACGUAUGUGUGAUUAUUUUCCUCAGUAAAUUAUGCCCGGGUACGUAUAUUUAAAUAAAUAUUAUCUCUACUAUAAAAA